UCCUAUAAUCUCAACAGUGCCAAAUUAAAUAAAAAAGAACAACCAAAACCUUUGAUUUGAUCGAAUAAUAAUGGAAUCAAUACAAAGCAGAGUGGAGACAUGGAUCAAGGAUCAAAGAGCAAAGAUCCUCAAGGCCUCUUGGGGUCCGCUUCAGUGGCGGAUGAGGUGGCAUUGGCCCCCUUGGAACAAGGGUGACAUGGAGCACCGCCAGAAACUCCAGCGAGAGUACGAAAGACGAAAGCGGCAACUCCACGACCUUUGCCGUGCCGUCAAAGCUGAUUCUCUCUCGGAUUUGCAGGACAUUCUUUGUUGCAUGGUCCUCUCCGAGUGCGUUUACAAGAAACCUGCUACUGAGAUGAUUCGAGCUGUAAACAAAUUUAAGGCUGAUUUUGGAGGACAAAUUGUUUCUCUAGAACGUGUGCAACCUUCUGCUGAUCAUGUUCCACACAGGUAUUUGUUGGCAGAAGCAGGUGAUACACUAUAUGCUUCCUUCAUCGGAACCAAGCAGUAUAAAGAUGUCAUGGCUGAUGCAAACAUACUUCAAGGUGCUAUAUUUCAUGAGGAUGUUAUGGAGGAUGUUGACAGGAUUGAAUUAACUGAAGCUAAGCGGGGUGAAAGACAAAAAGGAAAUGAGGAAAACCAGUUCAAUCCCUUGGAAUCAAAAUUUAAACAGAUUAAAGAUAGGCCUAAACCUGCUGCACAUCGGGGUUUCUUGGCUCGUGCUAAAGGCAUACCUGCUUUGGAGUUGUACAUGCUUGCUCAGAAAAAGAAACGAAAACUUGUAUUAUGUGGGCAUUCCCUUGGUGGAGCAGUGGCAGCAUUGGCUACCCUUGCCAUUUUGAGGGUCAUUGCUGUAUCAUCUUCAUUAAAAGAAAGUGAAAGAGUUCAGGUCAAGUGUAUAACAUUUUCCCAACCUGCAGUAGGAAAUGCGGCCUUAAGAGAUUAUGUUAACAGAAAAGGUUGGCAACACUAUUUCAAGAGUUACUGUAUUCCUGAAGAUCUUGUACCCCGUAUCCUUUCACCUGCUUAUUUCGAUCACUACAAUACACAAAGUUUAUUAAUGUCCUCUAACAUGGAAAAUACCAGUUUAUCUACAUUAAAGAAUGAACACGGGGCACAGAAAGGAAAGGCUGAGAAGAUAAAAGAAAAUGAAGGGGAGCAAUUGGUUAUAGGUGUAGGCCCUGUCCAGGGGCCUUUCUGGAGACUUUCAAGGCUUGUUCCAUUAGAAGGGGUUAAAAGACAAUUUAAAAAAUACAGAAGAAAGCAAGUUGACCCCAUAGAGCCAUUUGCAGCUGGCACUAGCACUGCAUCUUCCAUUGAGGACGUAGUUGUUGAACCACAGUCUCUUGAAAUUCAAGAGGGUACUGAUGGCAUAUCUCUUAAACCAUUUGCUGACACUGAUAAUUGUGAGUCAGACACGGGAUCUGGAAAGUUAACAGAGAAAAGUAAUGGUAGUGGAGAAAACAAUAGAUGGCGUAGAGUGCCUUCUUUACCUUCAUAUGUACCGUUUGGACAGCUUUAUCUCUUGGAGAAUUCAUCAGUGGAAUCGCUCUCAGGUGCAGAGUACUCAAAGUUGACAUCGGUCAGAUCUGUGAUUGUUGAAUUAAGGGAGAGAUUUCAAUCUCAUUCAAUGAAGUCAUAUAGGUUUCGGUUUCAAAGAAUAUAUGACCAGUGCAUGAAUGAUAUUGCUUCAUCUUUCCUUGGAAUGGAGCAAUUGCAACAGUUUCCACAUUUGCAGCAAUGGCUUGGCCUUGCAGUUGCAGGUGCUGUAGAGCUUGGGCAUAUUGUUGAAAGUCCUACUAUCCGUACUGCUACUUCGAUCGUGCCUCUUGGAUGGAAUGGUAUUCCUGGAGAGAAGAAUGCAGAACCAUUGAAAGUUGAUAUUACUGGAUUCAGGUUGCAUCUUUGCACCCUAUUUCAUGCUCAAGUGAAUGGCAAAUGGUGUUCAACUACUGUGGAGUCAUUUCCUUCAGCACCAGCUUACUCAUCUGGGAAUGGGGAACCACCAGAAUUACAAAAAAUAAGAGUCUUAGUAGGGGCUCCCUUGAGGCAACCUCCUAAGCAUCAGAUAGUAGCAGACACUGCUAACCUCUAUAAUGAACAUAACUUGGCAUCAUCUCACCAAGAAAAAUACUUAAGGCCAGAAGGUUUGACUGAUUUUUUCAUUUUCUGUACCAGUGAUUUUAUCACAGCAUCGAAGGAGGUUCAUGUUAGAACUCGUAGGGUGCGACUUCUUGGUCUAGAGGGUGCUGGUAAGACAUCUCUUUUCAAGGCAAUACUUGGUCAAGGAAAAUUGACCACUAUUGCCAAUAUUGAAAAUCUACAAGUAGAAGCUGAUUUUCGGGAUGGUAUUGCUGGCGGUUUAUGUUACACUGAUUCACCGGGAGUAAAUUUGCAGGAGCUGGCCAUGGAGGCUUCUCGGUUCAGAGAUGAAUUAUGGAGGGGAAUCCGUGACCUUGGUAGGAAGACUGAUUUAAUUAUUCUUGUGCAUAACUUAUCCCAUAAGAUACCUCGGUACAAUCAUCCAGAUGCAUCACGGCAAUACCCAGCCCUUUCACUACUAUUAGAUGAGGCAAAAGCUCUUGGGAUACCUUGGGUGCUUGCAAUAACAAACAAAUUUUCUGUUAGUGCACAUCAACAGUUAGCUGCAAUUAAUACAGUUGUUCAGGCGUAUCAAGCAACUCCAAGCACUACUGAAGUUAUCAAUUCUUGUCCAUAUGUCAUGCCUGGUGCUGCUAGUGCUUCAUUGCCUUGGGGUGUUAUAACUAGUGAAGAUUCUAAUGGGAGAAUGGGUGUUCAGAAGCUUCUAUCUGCUCCUAUCGACCUUGUUCGCCGGCCUUUCCAAAGGAAAGAUACUGUUUUUCCUGUGGAGCGGGUUAAUUCUCUCUGCCAUCUUGUCCACCGUGUUCUUCGGAGUCAUGAAGAGGCUUCCCUCGAGGAACUUGUUAGAGAUAGGCUUUCAGUGGAGUUGGCACAAGACCACGCUAUGGGCGCAAUAGAUGGGAAGAAGGAUUCUCAAGCCAAGGCAUUAUCCUCUCUUACAUCGGCUGCUGUAGGCGCCUCUUUCGGUGCUGGUGUGGGUAUCGUCUUGGCUGUUGUCAUGGGUGCAGCAUCUGCGUUGCGGAAACCCUGAAGCAACAUUGCGCAUACAUAUAUGACGAUAUUCGAAGCAGGUGUGCUGUGCUUCCUCCACGACUGUAAAUUUUUGUUGAUGGUACUAGAAUGUAACUUUUAGAUGCCAUCAGCAGGGUGACAAUAGGGGUGGGCAAUGGUUUAGGGUUGCCUGUUGAACCAAUGGAUUUAAAUCAAUUUUUAGGCGGUCUUGUGAUUUGACAAGUGUUUCAUAAUUUAAUUAUUUUGGGGUCAUAUUUUUAGGACUGAUCCAGCGUAUGGUUCAAUUUGUUUAGUUCGAUCAAUGUACAUUUAUUAUUACUUGGAACUAGUCUGACUUUAUUUGGUUCA